AUUUAUAGGGUGAACAAUAAAAUAUUUUGCAAACAUCCCAGAAAAACCGGGAGAAUUGGGGAGGGGUUUAUUAUUUGUUAAAUUAGGGUUUUAAGUUUGUGGAAGCAGAGAGCAGAGCAAGAGCCAUGGAGCUAGGAACAAUUGAGGAUCCAUCAUCAUCAACGUUCACGCUGUCCGAGGAAGAUCACACCCUCGCUAAUUCACUUCGUUUUGCUCUUAAUCAAGAUCCAAGAGUUACAUUUAGCGGUUACAGCAUCCCCCAUCCAUCAGAAGCUCGCGUUAAUGUUAGAGUGCAGACUACUGGCGAUCCAGCUAGUGAGGUGCUAAGAGACUCAUGCCAGGACCUGAUGCUCAUGUGCCAGCAUAUUCGGAGCACCUUUGACCAAGCUGUUACCGACUUCACAAACGAAAAAGGUCUCAAGGACAUGGACAUCAAAAAAUGAUUUGUCUUGGUGAAAACUAUGCUGCUAUUUAUAAGCAAUGAACAAUGCAUUCUAAAUUUAUCUAUUGAUCUCUGUUCCUUGUAGACAAAUAUUGUAGACUUAUUAGCCAAACUGUUAAAAAAGAAUAGAGCUCUGGAGAGCACAUGGAAAUGAAAGAGCCACAAAUACAUAGGCCAACAUCAAACAAUAUAUAUCGCAACUAACAUAUAAAACCUGGUGAUUAUUUCUUUCUUUGCAAA